AUGAAGGUCAUCCGUCCAGCAACCGUGAAGGAGACGGACUCUUCUAGUUUGGCACCGAGUCGAACUCCGAGCUCAGAGCCCCGCAGCGACCCUCCUCCGCAAGGAUCUGUUUCUGCGCAUCCUGAGAUGAAGAUCGUUCGUCCGGCAACCAUGAAGGAGACGGACUCUCCUAUUUUGGCUUCGAGUCGAACCUCAGAGCCCCGCAGCGACCCCCUUCCGCAAGAAUCUGUUUCUGCGCAUCCUGAGAUGAAGAUCGUUCAUCCGGCAACCAUAGAAGAGACGGACUCUUCUAUUUUGACUUCUACACCAGGCUCCACGCAUUUACAUUUAAGCAGACGCUCUUCAAUGUCCUCAGUUUUCACAACAACCGCGACGCCCCCCGAAAUUUCAGGCAUCCACUUUUCUCUUACAAGAAUGGAAGGAGGUAUAAGAUCGCUAUCUGAUUUUCUCGAAGAGCUUGAGAGGACGACUCUUCUUGUUGGAAUUCCUGGAGAUGGGCGGGUUGAGGCAGACCUGGACAGAAUCCGGAAGGAGUCGAUAAGUCUGAAUAAAUACCACGAGGACGGUAUGAAGGAGGUACAGUUGGUUUACAACGACAUGAUGAACAACGGCCUGGUCAGCGAAAUUCAGAGGCAAGUGGAUGCACAGGUUGAGGCAGAGGUGAACCGCGUCGUCGAAGAGCAAUUCACCCAAUACUUGAAGAAGGAAUACAUUCCCGAUGCGCUGACCAAGGAGUUGACCGACACCAGAGCGAAGCUGAAUGCAUCUCGGCUCGAACUACACAAUUCCGAGAGCAUGAGGGCGAAUGCUCUACUUCGGAAGGAUCGCGAUCCGAGUCGUCAACUUGUCAAUAAGUUGUAUCGAUCCGAUGGCACCGUCAGUCGCCUUUUCCCAAAGACAUUACAAGAUGUCUUCGACCUAGAUGGGGAAAUUUGCAAAACAUUACUGCAAGAAUACGAAGUAGUCAUCCCGCACAAAGCGAGUAAGGACGGCCUCUUGAACAGGUUCCUUCAACUAUGUGGGAUACAGUACCAAAUGGUUCGUGAUGUCAUUCAGGUAGUAGAGGAAACGAAGGCUCGACAAGUUCAGACCCCGGAUGCAUCCCAAAUGGGGUCUGCGUCCCAAACAAGUAAGAAAGUGCCGAACGUGAAGAAGCCAUAG